GCUGCUGGUCCUAUAGUCAGAAUAUGGGAUAUGGCUGCUGGUGGACGGCAACUUAUGUCAAUACAACAGCACCAUAAAACAGUUACUUCACUUUGCUUGGCUAAGAAUGGCGAUGUCCUACUAUCUGGUGGAAUCGAUCGACGUGUCAACGCCAUCCGACUAAUAGAUUUUGCAAUGCUCCACUCUAUGUCGAUGGCAGCACCUGUAUUGAGUUUAGCAAUGUCGCCAGAUGACCAUAUUAUGGCUGUUGGCAUAGGUCAGCUUCUUGCCAUACAUCGACGAGAACCAGAACCGAAGUUGAGUAAAGAUUUGUAUUUUUUGGCUAUGGUGAGCGCUCAAGUUGCGGAUAGCCGCACAAUGGUCCGCACUGCCGCACCCAAAGUGCGCGUACAAGAAGCCGGAAAACCUAGAGAAACUGUUGAGAUUAGUGCGAAAUCCGCUGAUCAGCAUCGCUUAUCGAAAAUUGACACACUCUUGAAAGGAUAUCAACAUGCUGCUGCUAUUCGAAAAAUGUUUCAUUGUAAGAUUGUUAGGGCUACGUGGUUCUAA